CUUUGAUGCCAAGCAGCUCAUUAUCCGUCACAUCAAACGCGCCAUCAUAAAUAUCACUAGCGAGAGCGGUACCUUUCAUCAGUUUCAAACGGGACAUUGCUUCUCCCUGACUUGGUGAGGCGGAAGCUUACCAGACACUAUUGUACCGCCGCUCCGGCGGAGACCCGGAAGAUGCUCCAUGCGCUUACUCACGGCCAUCAAUCUUCGAAUAUCUUCUACAGGACUGCACCGAUACGAUAAUGAUGAUACAAUACUUUCGCACACACAUGAGGCCCGAGGAAGAUAUAUGGGGCCUGAUGAUUUCCCGCGCUAGGAGUGCGCUCCUAAUUACUCUAGGUCUCUCGGAUGAGAAUGAAGAUCAACUGGAGCCGAUCUACAAGAUGUUGAAGCUCUCCACCAUGCACCAGCACUUUUUUGGGUUCCAGCAGAGUUGGAGCGUGGAUACACCAGAUAAGCCGGAAGACGGAAAGGAUACGGCAGUCAAGUGUCCUGUUUGUGAGGAGUUAUUCGGUGUGAUAGGUAGCGUUCGUCGGUUCAGUUGUUCUUAUGAUGAGGACGCGGAUGACACCGGGCUUGGACCGGAGCUUCAAUGGGGUAGCUGGCUCACUUACUGGCAGCAUCAGGUCCAGAAAGGGCAUGUGGUUUGUCCAAGGUGGGGGAGUUCUCGGAUGUUUAGUGCGUCGUCGUCCAAGCAAGACCGGUCGCGGAGUCUGCUCUCAACUGUUGUGAUUUAGGCAUCUUCACGGGUUAGUAAAGGAUAUGACGUUAAUUAUAGGGCUCGCUCUGUUUGGCGAAUGGGGAUCGAGAUGUU